UUCGUGCUUACGACACCCACGCACCCUUCCCGUCGCACACCCGACGCUUUCACCAUUAUGGCAUGAUAGUCCCGUAGGCCGAGCGCCACCGCUGCCCGAGUCGUUCACGUCCUCCGACCCUUUCUCCCCUGCUCCAACCAACAGCAUUCAACAGGCUAUUUUUAUCCCCCGUGCACAUGCUCGCGAAGAAUAUACAUAUAUAAUACAAUAACAAUAUCAUUAUCAACUAUUUUUAUUAUUAUUAUUAUUAUUAUCGCCGCCGCGAAAUUUUCGUCUUCGCCGCUGCACCAGCACUGAGCACUUUGAACAGACCGCGACUAGAUGAUGCGACCGGCUCCCUUCCUCCUCUACAACUGUUGUAGUACGAGCAGCAGCAGCAGCAGUGUCUUUACCGGUCUGCCUCGACGACUCUCGUUCUGAUUCCGUUCGUGCCAACGGAAAUAGUUUUUCGGGACCAAGUAUAUGAAGAGGAGAAAUCUCGUUCGAGACAACCCCCGCACGCUUACAAGCGUCCCCGCACACCCCGUCGAGUCUGACGAACACGCGACUGCCGAUUGCCGACUGACCUACACACACCGCGGGCGGAAGCUAUAACGAUGCCACCGGAUAUAAGCAAUCGUACGCGUGUGAGCGUCGACAAAUUAUUGUACAGUCGUGACGUGCCGUCCAUCAUGCCGGGUGUUUGCAGCGAUCCAAACUUUUUCGAGACUACCGUCGAGCCGCUGCUUGCGGCUGGCCGCGAGGGCGACCUAUGCGAGUGGCUCAAGAAAAACGGACUGAUUGCCAAGGAGCAGAAGUGCCCGAACCCCAAGUGCCUAACCACGGACAAGAUGCAGUGGCAUCGUGCACGCGUCGUCGACAAAUUCAACUGGAUGUGCCUAGCAUGCAAGAAAAGGGUGCCAGUUAGGAAUGCGUCCUUCUUCGCUGACUUCAAGUGUGAGCUAAGUUAUGCGCUGAGAGUCAUUGAUGGUUGGUGUAAAAAUAUGCCGCUUAGCGAUUUUGGUGGUGAAUGCAAAAAUAAAGUAAAUCUGGCCAAACGUAUUUACUCUGCAUGUACUCAAGUAUCUGAGUGGCAGUUGAAAAAAAUUGUUGGUGACUUCAAACUGGGUGGCACGGAUGUUGUAGUCAUCGUAGAUGUGUUUCCAGAUGGCAACAUGAGUUUGGAAGUACCAACCACGUCUCAUAAUAAUAACUUUUCCAAAAGAGUGUUAUGCAUUGCCGAUACUGCCCACGUUCCUGUUCGCGUGUGGGCAAGCCUUCUGGAUGGAUCUAAUAAAGAAAAUUCUAAAAUAGUAGAAAUGGUAAAAAACCAUGUAAUGCUGGGUUCAACUAUUGUAACAAAUGAAAUGUUAUAUCCAUUGUUGCACAAUUUACCUGGAAUAGGAGAAGUCAUAAGCACUGAAGCAUUGAUGAAUUUGGACAUUAACCACGAUCACAAAUCUUUAAAAAAUUUAGAAACAAUAUGGGCUACCACCGUAGAAGCCUGCAUUCACUUACAAGACUUGAGUACAACACUUGCUGAACAGCAUCUAAUAGAACUACAGUGGAGACAAAUGUAUGGAUUUAUGGCUUUUCCUUCCUUGAUACAACAUAUUGUUGAGUAUACAGCUUACAAUAACCCAAAAUGUCCACCUUUGCCAAGCAUUUGGCCCACAAAUUAAAUCAAUUGAUAAGUACAAAUAUUAGCUUAUUGCUAAACCCACCUUUUAAUAUUAUAUACAUGGUAAUUUUUGUCAAUUAUUGUACGACAUUAUGACUACUAUUAAGUUUAAAGAAGUUAAUUUCAUAAAUCUUGUUCAUAACCAUUAUUUUCAAAAAUAACAAUUAUCUUAAUGAUAUCUGGACAUAAUUUAAUUUUUAAAUAAAACUGAUAUGCUGAAUAAAAAUACUUC